GACCGAUGGCCGUCCGUGCGCGCAGCGCGGCCGGGGUCUGCGGGCGAGGUAAGCUCGGCUCCGGCAGCCCCGGGACGGUCGCCCGGGCGGGGCCCGGGGCCGCGGUCGCCGGCGCGGCCCUUGUGGCGCUGAUUUCGGCCGCGCUCGCGCUCUACGGGCCGCCGCUGGACACAGUUUUAGAAAGAGCAUUUUCGCUACAUAAAGCACAUUCUACAAAGGAUAUGGAAAAUACUUUUCAGUUGGUGAGAAAUAUUAUACCUCCUCUAAGUGCCAAGAAAUUCAAAGGGCAAGAUGGAAGAAUAGGCAUAGUUGGAGGAUGUCAAGAGUACACUGGAGCCCCAUAUUUUGCAGCAAUCUCAGCUCUCAAAGUGGGUGCAGAUUUAUCCCACGUGUUCUGUGCCAGGGAGGCCGCGCCUGUGAUCAAGUCCUACAGCCCAGAACUGAUUGUCCACCCAGUUCUUGACAGCCCUGAUGCCGUUCAUGAGGUGGAAAAGUGGCUCCCUCGAUUGCAUGUCCUUGUCAUAGGACCUGGCUUAGGUAGAGAUGACACUCUUUUAGAAAACAUCAAGGGCAUUUUGGAAGCAUCAAAGGCCAGGGGUAUCCCCAUCGUUGUGGACGCAGAUGGCCUGUGGCUGGUUACUCAGCAGCCAGCCCUUAUCCAAGGCUACAAGAAUGCUGUUCUAACUCCCAACCACGUGGAGUUUGGCAGACUGCACAAAGCUGUGCUCGGAGGUCCUGUGGACAGUGCUGAUCAACGUGCAACUGUGCUGAGUCUCAGCCAGGCCCUGGGGAACGUGACUGUGGUCCGGAAAGGAGAGCACGACAUGAUCUCUGAUGGCCAACAGGUGCUUGUAUGCAGCCACAAAGGCAGCAACCGCAGGUGUGGUGGGCAAGGAGACCUCCUGUCGGGCUCCCUGGGUGUCCUGGUGCACUGGGCACUCCUGGCUGGACCUGAGAAAACAAAUGGGUUCAGCCCUCUCAUGGUGGCCGCAUUCGGCGCCUGCUCUCUCACAAGGCAGUGUAACCAGCAAGCCUUCCAGAAGCACGGCCGCGCCACCACCGCCACCGACAUGAUCGCUGAGGUGGGAGCCGCAUUCAGCAAACUCUUUGAACCCUGAGCCAGCGCAAGCAGGAAGAAAAGAGGCACUAGUGAAGGAGGAAACUGCACUUGUAGUGGGAAAACCCACUUCCACACAGGGGUCUGUGAGGUUGUUUUAAGUCUAGCAUAAAUUGGUUGAAGCAGAGAAUUUAAGAAUUUGGAAUAUAGCACUUUUUGGGUAAACUAACAUGUAGUUGGUGUUAUGAUGACACUAAACAAAGUAUUCCUGAACUUUGUAUAGUUUCUCAGCACUGACUGGUAAGAAAAAAGUGAGGAGAAUCCCAUGAGAAUGAAAAAUUCUUCCAGCAGCUCAACUGAAUUUCUUGUCUUACUCCAAGAUCAGCAGAUUUGUUUUUAGUCUGUACUUAUUUCUUCUCCUCUCUCUACUGAUGUGCACAUUUUUCUUUGUAUGGAUAGUUUUCUUAGAGUGGCCUGAGGUUUCCUUGUUCUCUGGUUGUUUCUCUGGCUUGUCUGGUUCCCUGAACAGUCUCUCACCCUUGCUCAUGGCUCUUGGGGGACGUCCUGAUCAGACACUGCCCCACCUGGAUUCUGCUCUUUAAAACUAGUUGUCAACUUUCAAGAUUGUUUAAAAAAUGGUUGCUGCUGUUAUUUCACAUCUAACUCUAGAAGCUUCACUAUCUACAUGUGAACUUUUCUGCAAAACCUGUGCCAUGGACAUUUUUCCUUUGGAGAACUACAUUUAAAUCCUGGUAACUAUUAAAAUAUUUGGUUUAUUUAAA